CCUCGACAUCUCUUCGCGCGCAUUGCCUAAUAGCAUUUCUUUAGGCUGCAUUUCCUCUCCGAGAGACGCGAGGAGGAAGAAGAAGAAGAAAGAAAGAAAGAAAGAAAGAAAAGAUGCUGCUCGCGGUUCUCUUCUCCAAUUCCGAAGGAAACAUCCUCGUCGAACGCUUUCACGGAGUUCCUGCAGAGGAGCGACUGCAUUGGCGAUCUUUUCUAGUUAAGCUAGGAGCAGAAAAUCUCAAAGGUGCCAAAAAUGAAGAGCUUUUUGUCGCGUCACACAAGUCAGUGUAUAUUGUUUACACCAUGCUUGGGGAUGUUUGCAUAUACGUAGUUGGCAAGGAUGAGUAUGAUGAACUUGCCUUGGCAGAAGUGAUCUUCGUAAUCACCUCAUCGGUGAAGGAUGUCUGUGGUAAGGUUCCGACUGAGCGUCUCUUCCUUGACAAGUACGGAAAAAUAUGCCUGUGUCUGGAUGAAAUUGUUUGGAAGGUCAUUCAUCUGGUGCAUCCCACUGUAUAUGCCACGGCCCAAAAACCAGGUUGGCUCAAUCAUUACGUGGGCUUCAUGUGAAUGAAGAAAUGGAUGGUUGAAAGAAUGAGCGCAGUGCACAUUGAAUGUGGACGCAGUCAUCCGAACCAGCGCGGAUUUUGGGUUACUACACAAAUACAGUGGGGCCCAUCCAGUGAAGGGAGGUCUCGCAGACAUUGCUAACUGGCAUGUAUGGGGUGUCAACUUAACUGAGUAACCCAACACUGCUCUUUCUAAAGCACAUUACUUGUUUGCAUAUUGUA